AUGGGACAAAAAGUGAGCAGCCUUGGAGACGUGUUCUCAUGGAAGAAUGCUGACUCGUCGAAAAACAACGAUGGGUCGGGAGCCAGGAACAAUCCACGCGAGUACAGCCCCGCUGCAGCUUCAGUUGUACCCGUCUGUGCAGUGCACGGGGUCCCGGUUACAGGGAACCAGCAGAAUUUCGAGAACAUUUACGUUUCCAACAGUGACGCGCCGUCCACAUCAGGCAACGACCAGAACGUGAACGGUUGCGAAGCUCUAGCAACGGCUGCCGGCGUGGAGACAGUGACGUCCAAAAACACGCAGUCGUCGUCUACAAAGAGCACGGCUGGUUCCAAGAAACUCAACCACUGGGUUUUGCGUUUCAAUUGUUCUCGUCCAAAGUCGAAGAGUAAGUGCUAUAACCCACCCGAAAACGUUCCCGAGCCAAACGAAGUCAAGUGUGAGACGUGCGUGUGCACACGAUAUGAGCGCACGGAAGACAAUCAUCAAAUGGAUGACGAUGAUGUGAUGUACGAUCCUUCUCCUGUGCCGGUCGAAGACGAAGAGCAGAACGAAGAGGAUGAAACAUCGCAAGACAUGCUUGACUUUGAAGGUGCUUUCAAUGCUUUCAACGCAUUUGAAAGUCAUAGCCAGUUGGUAUUGCCUUCAUUCGAUGAAGGCCUUAUGGAACUGCAUGAUAUAAAUGGUGAAGAAUUAUUUAUGAAUGAAGACUUUGAAGACAGGGCAUACAAAGAACGGGCCAAAGAAAUCCAAGAGGGUAUCGAACCACCACCAGGAUUCAGGCCUGGGUUACACAUACAGUUGGUAGAAUUUAGUUUGCCCAAAAUGACUAUAGACAAUUUAACCUCAUUAUUCCAUAGAGCUGCCCUUACAGCUUUAACUGCACCACAUGAUAUGGAUGACAGCCAUCGAAUACAUACAUCCAUUGACUACAUUCACUACUUAGUUCCUGAUCUACUUCAAAUCACAAAUUGUUCGUUUUAUUGGGGCAAAAUGGACAGAUAUGAGGCAGAAAAAUUGCUUGAAAAUAAACCCGAGGGCACCUUUUUACUUAGAGAUUCAGCUCAAGAAGAAUAUUUGUUUUCUGUAAGCUUCAGGAAAUAUGGUCGUUCUUUACAUGCACGAAUUGAACAGUGGAAUCAUCUCUUUAGUUUUGAUUCAAGGGAUCCUGGCGUUUUUGCAUCAUCUACAGUUUGCGGACUAAUAGAACAUUAUAAAGAUCCUACCUGCUGUAUGUUUUUUGAACCUAUGCUGACCAUACCGUUACAUCGAAAUUUCACAUUUUCUUUGCAACACACAUGCCGCGCAGCUAUUUGUAGUCAAAUUACAUAUGAUGAUGUCAAUCAAUUGAAACUUCCAAAAUUAUUAAAGGCGUACUUAAAAGAGUAUCAUUAUAAGCAACGUGUAAGGGUACGCAUAUUUGAUUCAGAAAAUUAA